CCGAAGCAGUCUGCAGUAGUCGGCAAGAUGGCGGAACGGGGAAGGUAUCUGUCUGGCCUCGUCAGAAGGAUAACAUAAUUUAUAUUAGCUAGCAAAGAAAAUAAAAUUGAGUAAAUAAAAUAUAGCUCUGACAGAGGAUUCGCCAGUGGAGGAUGAAUAGUGCCUAGAUCUGAGCAAUAUAAGCUGAAUGCAUUGUGAUUUCCAAUAAUUGAGACAGUGAUUCUAAAAAACUGUCUACAUUAAUGAAAAGAACAAUGUAGUCAUCUUAGCAUAUUCAACACUGGUACAUGGUCAAUACAGGGAUUUUUUUAUUAUUCUAAAUAUUGUGUGCAAUGUGCUUCUGCAUGCCUUUUAGCUGAAAGCUUAUGAUAAAUAGUUGCCAAAACAGUCAGGGUGACCCAUAAGAGCAGUUGUAUUUAGUAAUUCAUAAGACACAGUCAACAUGGAGAUGGAUGGCAUAUUACCCCCCUUACCGUUGGAGCCACCUGAUGAUUUGAACUCGGAGGGCCUUAAUGGUAAAGCGCAGCCUCCAACACCCCCCCUGCAAACGUCCAGUGACGCAGAGGAAAUGGACGUUAGCUCUGGUGGUGAUGGACACACACACACCCCAGCAGGGGACCAGGGCCUCCAAACCAAGGGCUCCAUAACCUUCAUUAAUAACCUGUCAGAUGAGGCCGAACCUAGCACCUUGUGCCCUAGAACAGCCCGCCACGCACCCCCUGUCACCAAGUUCCUGCCAGACCUCAAAUUACUCAGAGACAUUAAGAUUAGUGUCAGUGUCGUAGAUACCAGCAGGAGCAAAGAUAGGAAGGUGCUGUACACAGGGAUAGGUCAGGAGGGUGGUGGUGAAGGGGAGACCAGCUCAGAGGGCCUUAAUGGUGAGUUUUAUGAUACUGAUACAGAGCCAGGGGCUGUGGAUGGUAGCUCAGGGCUUGGGGUGGUCGGUGUCAGUGCAGGGAGGAGAGGGGAGGAGGCAGAGGCUGACCUGGAGAACAAAGUGGAGUUUGCAGUCCUAGAUGAGCUGGAAGACUUCAGUCAUGACUUCCUGGACACGGAGGAUGUGCAGCAGGGGGGGUUCAGGUCAGAGGUCAUAGUUCAACAGGAUCAUGCUGACGAAGAGAACCUAAAUAUCUCCUAUGAGGAGGACUUUGACAAUGAUGUAGACGCUCUGCUGGAGGAGGGCAUGCCCGUGCCCAAAAAGAUGCGCCUGGCAGAGGGGGCUGUUGAGUAUGCAGGGGACAGUGAUCACGCAUCCGACAGGGAUGUGGAGGGAGGUGUUCAGCCCAUGAUGACCAAAAUUAAGACAGUCCUGAAGAGUCGUGGGCGUCCACCCACUGAGCCACUACCUGACGGAUGGAUCAUGACAUUCCAUAACUCUGGCAUUCCAGUCUACCUGCACAGAGAGACCAGAGUGGUGACCUGGUCCAGACCUUACUUUCUGGGGUCCGGGAGCAUCAGGAAACACGACCCUCCCACCAGUAGCAUCCCCUGCCUGCACUAUAGGAAGAUGAAGGAUCACGAGGAGAGGGAACAGAACGGAGAGGUGACGCCCAACGCUGAAGUGUCUCCGGUGAAGCCUGGAGAGGAGGCAGACUCCGUGGAGAGACCAGACGAGCCUGACUCCACUGCCCAGGAGGACCCUACCACUGUGGGCCUGGGGGAGGGAGAGGUGGAGGCGGAGAUAGAGACAGGCCUGGUCACAGAGGGGACCAUAAAGGGGUGCCCUGUCCUGCAUGGCAAGAUGCCCCACUCCUGUGAGAUGGCCCAGGGGGCUCUGGGACAGGUCAGGGCCAAGGUGGAGGUGUGCAAAGAUGAAUCGAUAGAAAUGGAGGAGUUCCGCAGCUACCUGGAGAAGUGCUUUGACUUUGAACAAGUGACCGUGAAGAAGUUCCGUACCUGGGCAGAGCGCAGGCAGUUCAACAGGGACAUCAAGAGGAAGCAGGCUGAGUCAGAGAGACCCAUUCUGCCUGCCAACCAGAAACUCAUCACUCUGUCUGUAUCAGAUACCCCCACCAAGAAAGAGUUUGUCAUUAACCCAAAUGGGAAAUCUGAAGUUUGCAUCCUACAUGAAUAUAUGCAACGUGUCUUAAAGGUCCGACCUGUUUACAACUUUUUUGAAUGUGAGAACCCAAGUGAACCCUUUGGAGCCUCCGUCAUAAUAGAGGGAGUGACAUAUGGCACAGGAACUGCAAGCAGUAAAAAACUUGCCAAGAAUAAAGCUGCUCGAGCCACACUGGAGAUCCUCAUCCCUGACUUUGUGAAGCAGACGUCUGAGGAGAAGCUUGUAGAAGGGGAUGAACUGGAGUAUUUUAAUCAUAUCAGUAUUGAAGAUUCAAGGGUGUACGAACUGACCAAUAAAGCAGGCUUACUCUCGCCAUAUCAGAUUCUACACGAGUGCCUUAAGAGAAACCAUGGAAUGGGUGACACCAGCAUCAAGUUUGAGGUGAUCCCAGGAAAGAACCAGAAGAGUGAAUAUGUGAUGACGUGUGGAAAGCACACCGUGCGCGGAUGGUGCAAAAAUAAACGUGUGGGGAAGCAGCUGGCGUCUCAGAAGAUCCUACAGAUGCUGCACCCUCACGUGAAGAACUGGGGGUCAUUGCUCCGCAUGUACGGCAGAGAGAGCAAUAAGAUGGUAAAAAAGGAAAAUUCAGACAAGAGUGUGAUUGAACUUCAGCAGUAUGCCAAAAAGAACAGGCCAAAUCUUCACAUCCUGAACAAACUGCAAGAGGAGAUGAGGAAACUGGCUAAGGAGAGGGAGGAAACCAGGAAGAAGCCCAAGAUGACCAUAAUGGAGUCAGCCCAGCCUGGUAGUCAGCCCCUCUGCACUGUUGACGUCUAGGAACCAUCACUGCAACCAAUCUAACAUGGCACUGACCAAUGGUAGCCAUAGUCACUGUCUGAUUUUAAAAGCCACUCCACCAAUCUAUCAUCCAAUUAUGCAUCAUUGUAAAAUGGCAAUACAACUGGACAUUUCUAGUAUAGCAGUGGUCAUCUUUUGUGUCUCCAAGCUGUUUAUUAUUUUACUCCAAAGGUGUUUUUGAUUCAUUGUUAGUGGAUAGGGUAGGAAUAGGACACAUGCACUAACAGACAGUAGAGUUAACACCAUCUACCUCUAGAUGCAAUCUCUACACAGUGGCACUUCUAUAAAUUGAACCAUAAGGGUUGCAGACAGAUCGGUUGACAUGACUUGACAUGCAUCUAUGAACCACAAGAAAUUGUCAGCCUGUUUACUGUGUGUAGUAAUAACUGCUGACAACUACUAGACCCCUCACCCCUCCAUUUAAAUUGCAUUGAUUGAAUUUAUAAUACUCUCCAAAUAUAACCUAACGUACCUGAUACUUUACAGAGACUGAACAUUUCUAACAGGUUUCCUUGUAUGCUUAAAGCAUUGCCUAUUAUCACGGAUUAGUUUGCUCUUUCUGCUUUUGCUAUACAGGUACGCUGUGGGAAACUAAUUUAUAUGCUGUUGUCAUUGGAAAUUAUUGAUAAUUAAUGUUGUGUAUAAUUUGGAUGGUGAUUUGAGUAUGCUUCGGCUAAAGAAAGGCCAACUUACGUUUUCAUUUGCUUGUGAACCUGUUAAGAAAAAAGUUAUAUAUUCAAAUGCAUCGUUUGCUGUCCAGUCAUAUACUUGGUUUUGGGGUUUAUUUAUUUUUUGUUAUUUUCUUACUUUUAACCUUUUUUCUACCCAAUUUCGUGGGAUCCAAUUGGUAGUUAUAGUCUUGUCUCAUCGCUGCAACUCCAGUACGGACUUGGGAGAGGUGAAGGUCGAGAGCCAUGCGUCCUCCGAAACAUGAACCAACCAAGCCGCACUGCUUCUUGACACAAUGCCCCCUUAACCCGGAAGCCAGCCGCACCAAUGUGUCGGAGGAAACGCUGUGUCAGAGUGCAUGCGCCCGGCCCGCCACAGGAGUCGCUAGAGCGCGAUGGGACAAGGACAUCCUUGUCGGCCAAACCCUCCCAUAACCCAGACGACGCAGGGCCAAUUACGCGCCGCCCCAUGGGUCUCCCGGUCGCGGCCGGCUGCGACAAGAGCCUGGAUUCAAAUCAGGAUCUCUAGUGGCACAGCUGGCAACUGCAAUGCAGUGCCUUAGACCACUGCGACAGAGCCUGGACUUAGACCACUGUGCCACUCAGGAGGCCCCAGUCAUAUAGUUGUUACAUGCUCAUGGUCUUUAGUACGAGAAAUGCAUUUUGAAUUGAUUAGGGAACGGACGUUCAUCUCGAGACCUAUUAGGCGGGACUAAUGAAUUUAAUUGCCUUUUUGUUUUGGAAACACAGGAUGAAACAUAUCAAUGGACAGCUGACAACAAGGCUGAUCCGUCUAGCUAAGAUCCUGUUGCCAUGUUAGCACUGCAGACAGAACACAAGCGCCAGGGCUUGGAGUACUGUAGUCAUUGAGAAGAUGUACAAGGUAGUUACAUAUUUAAGAAGACCUAUUUUUUUUGUUUCUGUGUUUAGGUGUUAGCCGCUUAAUUAUUUUUUGACUAUUUAAAGCAAAACAAUACAACAUGCAGACCAUCUUACUAUUUGGUACAGUUCAGCUGCUGUGAUAGACAUUUUGCAUCAUGAUUAUGUGGCCAGUGGCACUUUGCUUCUUGAAAGUCCAAUAUCUUAACUUGACUGCAAACCUGCAAAACAUUAAAGGACUUUAACAACAGUGGACUAAUGAAAAGAAAAUACCAAAUGACUUUGGAUUUUCCCUUUAAGGACCCAUAAACAGAUAGGAAAACAAUUGGCUACCUGUUGCCUUAGUUCACCCAUUUCAUGUAGGGCCCAGGUCCCCCUUAAAGGGAAAUGGAUAGACCAAGCCUCUCUUACUUGAUACAGCAUUUGUUUAGCGUGUUUGUAAUAAUAUGACAAGACAGUAAUAUUGAUAUUUUGAAAGAAUUGUCUUUAGCAUAUAUGGAUUUUAAAUAAGAAUUGUUUAAGGUUUUGUGUACAUUUGUUUGCAAUCAUUGUGACAACUGAUCAAUCACAUUUUCAAGCAUUGAUAUGUAGAAUGUGGAACUGCGAUCCUCCUCAAAAGGCAACCUACGGAAAUGAAGUUGGUACACUUUACCUCAACAAAAUAUGAUCAUGUCAUUAUUAUUAAAUCUGAUAGCUAAAGGAGCAGUGUGAACCAAAGCGUAGCCUUAUGCAUUUUCAUAGAAUACUGUAGGUUGCUGCACACAAUACAUGAAAGGAAAAAAAAGGUGCAAUACCUGCUAGAACAAAAUAUAAAUUGCUGUGCAUUCAUUGUGUGAAGUAUUUGGUUUGUGUGGCUUUUCCUGAAUGUCUACUGCACCUUAACACUUCAUUGUAUAUGGGCACAAGGCUGCUGUGUUAGAGUAGAUUGCUUUACGAAUGUGCUUCCCCCUGUGUGUUCUGUCUUACCAAGUGUGUGUGAAAAUGCUUUUUACACUUGAAGUUAUUUGCUAGAUAUUGCUGCCUAGAAAAUGAUGUAACUGCGACUUGGGAUAGCUGACUUUCAGUGAAAUUCAUUUAUGCAAAUAAAGUUUAAUGACUAA